AUGACCAUCCCGGACAACCUGUACAAGGACCUGGAUGGCUGGGGCAUCCAAUCUGGACCUGGACUUGGACGGCGUGCGGGACAUGUUACGACCUGCCCGGUGCGACCUGGACCUGGACUAGCUCGACGAGAUGACCAUCCCGGACAACCUGUACAAGGACCUGGAUGGCUGGGGGCAUCCAAUCUGGACCUGGACUUGGACGGCGUGCAGGACGUGAUGCCUUACCGAUGGGACCACCCGGAGUUUGACCUAGACGAUGUUACGACCUGCCCGGUGCGACCUGGACUUGGACUAGCUCGACGAGAUGACCAUCCCGGACAACCUGUACAAGGACCUGGAUGGCUGGGGGCAUCCAAUCUGGACCUGGACUUGGACGGCGUGCAGGACGUGACCUGCCCGGUGCGACCUGGACCUGGACUAGCUCGACGAGAUGACCAUCCCGGACAACCUGUACAAGGACCUGGAUGGCUGGGGGCAUCCAAUCUGGAUCUGGACUUGGACGGCGUGCAGGACGUGAUGCCUUACCGAUGGGACCACCCGGAGUUUGACCUAGACGAUGUUACGACCUGCCCGGUGCGACCUGGACCUGGACUAGCUCGACGAGAUGACCAUCCCGGACAACCUGUACAAGGACCUGGAUGGCUGGGGGCAUCCAAUCUGGACCUGGACUUGGACGGCGUGCAGGACGUGACCUGCCCGGUGCGACCUGGACCUGGACUAGCUCGACGAGAUGACCAUCCCGGACAACCUGUACAAGGACCUGGAUGGCUGGGGGCAUCCAAUCUGGACCUGGACUUGGACGGCGUGCAGGACGUGACCUGCCCGGUGCGACCUGGACCUGGACUAGCUCGACGAGAUGACCAUCCCGGACAACCUGUACAAGGACCUGGAUGGCUGGGGGCAUCCAAUCUGGACCUGGACUUGGACGGCGUGCAGGACGUGACCUGCCCGGUGCGACCUGGACCUGGACUAGCUCGACGAGAUGACCAUCCCGGACAACCUGUACAAGGACCUGGAUGGCUGGGGGCAUCCAAUCUGGACCUGGACUUGGACGGCGUGCGGGACGUGACCUGCCCGGUGCGACCUGGACCUGGACUAGCUCGACGAGAUGACCAUCCCGGACAACCUGUACAAGGACCUGGAUGGCUGGGGGCAUCCAAUCUGGACCUGGACUUGGACGGCGUGCAGGACGUGACCUGCCCGGUGCGACCUGGACCUGGACUAGCUCGACGAGAUGACCAUCCCGGACAACCUGUACAAGGACCUGGAUGGCUGGGGGCAUCCAAUCUGGACCUGGACUUGGACGGCGUGCGGGACGUGAUGCCUUGCCGAUGGGUCCACCCGGAGUUUGACCUAGACGGCUAGCUGGUUGGUUUCGAUGUUACGACCUGCCCGGUGCGACCUGGACCUGGACUAGCUCGACGAGAUGACCAUCCCGGACAACCUGUACAAGGACCUGGAUGGCUGGGG